AUGGAUUCUGAGCCUUCUUGGACUGCCACCUCCUCCCCUGGGGGGACCCUGCUUGUCCCCAAUGCCACCACACCCUGGCUGGGUAGGGAUGAAGAACUAGCCAAGGUGGAGAUUGGUAUCCUAGCUACUGUCCUGGUUCUGGCCACGGGAGGCAACCUGGCUGUCCUACUGAUCCUGGGCCGCCAGGGCCACAAGCGCUCCCGCAUGCAUCUGUUCGUGCUGCACUUGGCCCUGACCGACCUGGGCGUGGCGCUUUUCCAGGUAUUGCCUCAGCUGCUCUGGGACAUCACCUAUCGCUUCCAGGGCUCUGACCUCCUCUGCCGGGCUGUCAAAUAUCUACAGGUGCUCAGCAUGUUUGCUUCCACUUACAUGCUGCUAGCCAUGACGCUGGACCGGUACCUGGCUGUCUGUCACCCUCUUCGAAGCCUCCAGCAGCCCAGCCAGUCCACCUAUCCUCUUAUUGCUGUUCCCUGGCUGCUGGCUGCCAUCCUCAGCCUCCCUCAGAUGUUCAUUUUUUCGUUGCGAGAGGUGAUCCAGGGCUCAGGGGUGCUGGACUGCUGGGCAGAUUUCUACUUUUCCUGGGGCCCGCGGGUCUACAUCACUUGGACUACCAUGGCCAUCUUUGUGCUGCCCGUGGUGGUGCUCACAGCUUGCUACGGCCUCAUCUGCCACGAGAUCUACAAGAACCUGAAAGUCAAGACACAGGCUGGCAGGGAGGAAAGAAGGGGCUGGCCCAAGUCCUCAUCUUCUGCCGCUGCUGCAGCCACUAGGGGGCUGCCGUCCCGGGUCAGCAGCAUCAGUACCAUCUCCAGGGCAAAGAUCCGAACCGUGAAGAUGACCUUUAUCAUUGUGCUGGCCUACAUUGCUUGCUGGGCACCUUUCUUCAGUGUCCAGAUGUGGUCUGUGUGGGACGAGAAUGCACCUAAUGAAGAUUCUACCAAUGUGGCUUUCACCAUCUCGAUGCUUCUGGGCAACCUCAGCAGCUGCUGCAACCCCUGGAUCUAUAUGGGCUUCAACAGCCACCUGUUGCCACCUUCCCUGAGUCACCGCGCCUGCUGCAGGGGUUCGAAGCCCAGAGUGCACAGGCAGCUCUCCACUAGCAGCCUCGCUAGCCGCCGCACAACUCUGCUGACCCACACCUGUGGUCCAUCUACUCUCCGUCUCAGCCUCAACCUCAGCCUCCAUGCAAAGCCCAAGCCUGCAGGCUCACUGAAGGAUUUGGAGCAGGUGGAUGGAGAAGCCACUAUGGAGACCAGCAACUUUUAG